CUCAGUUUCCCUUCUUCCUCACAACCAAUUUCACUCUUCAUCAACCAUGGAUUCCACUUUUCUCAACUAGGAAUCCAUAAAAAAAUAUUAAGACCAAAUUAAUCAAAACAAAACACUCUCAAUUAACAAAACAAAAUUAAACCCCCCUUUUGAUUCUUAUUUUGUGUAAUUCUUUUCUUUAUUAUUAUGUAUAGAUCUGGAACAGUGAUGGCUUGGAAUGUAUUCAGAUUUUGUACAGCCUUAAAAGGGUUAGGUUCAAUUAUGAUCUUGUUAGUCUUAGGUGUUGUCGGUGUUACCUAUUACGCUGUCGUUUUGACCUGCUAUGGUCCAUCCCUUGUUAGUGGCGAUGGAUUCUUGAAUGCCCUUAUCUCUCUUGCUGUGCUUAUCUUGUUUCAUUCUCUGUUGGUGAUGCUUUUGUGGAGUUACUUCUCUGUCGUUUUUACGGAUCCUGGUAGCGUACCUCCAAAUUGGAAGCCGGUCUUGGAUGAAGAAAGAGGUGACACUGAUCCUUUAACCGCAUCUGAAUUUGGGGCUUCACCAGCUGAUCCAGCAAACCCAAGAGUACGGUUUUGUAAAAAGUGCAACCAGUUGAAACCACCUCGGUGCCAUCAUUGUUCUGUUUGUGGAAGGUGUGUGUUAAAGAUGGACCAUCAUUGCGUGUGGGUUGUCAAUUGCGUUGGAGCACUAAACUACAAAUAUUUCCUUCUUUUUCUGGUCUACACAUUCCUUGAAACCACUCUUGUGAGCCUAGCAUUACUGCCACAGUUUAUUGCAUUCUUCAAUGAUGGAGAAAUACCUGGGACUCCGGGCACUCUUGCGACCACUUUCCUUGCUUUUGUCUUUAACAUUGCGUUUACUUUGAGUGUAUUGGGGUUUCUGAUCAUGCACAUAUCAUUGGUGGCUGGUAAUACCACGACCAUUGAGGCAUAUGAGAAGAAGACCACUCCAAAAUGGCGUUAUGAUCUUGGUCGGAAGAGGAAUUUUGAACAGGUUUUUGGCCUAGACAAGAAGUAUUGGUUCAUCCCGGCUUACUCAGAAGAAGAUUUAAGAAGGAUACCCGCUCUUCAUGGUCUUGAAUACCCAUCAAAGCCCGAACUAGAAUCCCAAGAAUUCUAAGGGUCAUCAAGUACAUGACCAAGCUGAGUUUGUUUUUUUCCUUUUCUUUUUGUAACAAUUAUAGAGUAGUACCUAAUGAUGCCCAUCCGGUGUGAUCACUUCUACUGGCGCUGUGCCGAAACUACGCGAAGAUAUAGUAGAGGCGGCCCGAGCAGCCAAAGGAUGCAAUGAUGUAUUGAUAUGUUCAUUUCGUUUGAGUAUCCGUUAGGGAAAAUGGGUUCUGUAAGAUAGUAGGUUUGUUUAUGUUUCAAGUCUGACAACAGGUUUUCUUGUAAGGUCAACUGGUUGAUUAGAAAUGUAGAUUGGUCUUCAAUGACUCUUUCAUACGUGUAAGUGUUAAUGUAAAUCGAUUUUUCCUA